UAAUAAUACAUUUAACCUUCUUAAAGUGUGCUUUAAUAAUAUGAUUAAUUAUGGUUAGCCUAUAAAUAUUUUGUUAUAAAUGGCAAAUACAAAAAUAAACACAUUUUUUUCUAGUCUCUUCAAACUGUUCUUCAAAUCACUCAUAUUCAAUUGUUUUGCCGCUUAUAGAUCAAAAUGUACUUUUAAACAUGUUGGUCCGUUAGUUUUACCAAAAAAACACUUAUGUUUAUGUCGCUACGGGUGGUUGCUAAGGAUGAUAAACAGAUCUUUUAAUAUGAUACCGCUAUCUACCAAUCAGCAUCCAGGACUCGAACUGCCCGUUUAAUAAAUAGAGAUCAGACAAAAGCAGUCUGUCAAACAGAAGCCAAGUGAUGCACAAAUCCUACCAGCCCCUGAAACCCGCGACCAACAAAUACCUGCAGCAGCGAUGGGACCAGACGCGCUAUGAGGACCACCGCAGCAAGGUGCGAGAAGCCAAACCCGUGGUCAACACCAAGGGCAUCCAAACGCCUGCACAUAUUCAACAGAAACUGAAGAAAAUCCAGGUGCAGGAAGAGAGGAUGUUCAUCAUCGAGAGAGACAAUCAUCACCUGGCGUCCAAACUGGCUGCGAUCUCUCGCUCCAAAGGCCUCGUGGACCACAGGAACCAUUACCAAGAGUGCAGUCUGAAUGCUGAGAAAAGGAGGGAGAAGCUUCUUCAGGUGACUCAUGAAAACCAGGCGAUCUACCAUCGAAUCACGACGCAGAAAUCCGACUACAGGAGGGAACUCUGGGAAGAAGACUGGGAAAAAGUGGAGCGAAAGAGAGACGACAUCGCACGCUAUCCACGAGGAGAGAGCAAUAAACAGAAAUCUACAAAGUGUGUGAAGUUCUCUGGAGGGACGUCAGGACAGAGUCAGCGCUCGUCCAGCGGUGUUGAAGAUGACAGCGGGGAAACCACAGAAGAUUCAACAUAACAACACUCACCACAACCAGCCACAUGAACUCAACAGAGUUACACUAAACACCAGACACCUGGCAAAUAAACUCACCUGCAUGGGUUAAAUGAAGCCCUUGAAGUGAUGUGGUGACCUUUUAUCCUUUGUUUUCCUACAAUUUUCAAAACCACGUUCAUCCGUUCACCGCACUGAUGCUGGAACACUGGGUUUGUGGAUUCAGAGAUAAAUCAUUUCGUUUUAUAUACGUGACCUUGGACCACAAAACCAGUCAUAAGGUUACAUUUUUGGAAAUUGAGAUUUAUAGAUCAUCCAAAAGCUGAAUAAAUGAGCUUUUCAUUGAUGCAUGUUAGGAUCGGACAAUAUUUGGCUGAGGUACAAAUAUAUGAAAAUCUGGAAUCUGAGGGUGCAAAAAAAUAUUAAAUAUUGAGAAAAUCACCUUUAAAGUUGUCCAAAUGAAGUUCUUAGCAAUGCAUAUUACUAACAAAAAAUUAAGUUUUGAUAUAUUUACGGUAGAAAAUUGACUAAAUAUCUUCAUGGAACAUGAUCUUUACUUAAUAUCCUAAUGAUUUUUGGCAUAAAAGAAAAAUUGAUCAUUUUGACCCAUACAAUGCAUUGUAGGCUAUUUCUACAAAUAUACCUGUGCUACUUAUGACUGCUUUUGAGCUCCAGCGUCACAUAUACGAACCAUUUAAGUUCUGAUGUAAAUUAAUAAUAAUAAUAAAAAAUCUGUUUAUCCUAAUUUUCACAAAUGACAAUCUGAAAUAUUUCCCAAAUUAGAGUUGGUUGUUUCUCCUGAGAAAGAGACUCCAAUAAUCUCACAGGUGUCCCAAACUCGCUCUGGAUCACAAUAUGAUCUGAAAACUUUUCUCAUCAUAUGAUCUGAGUUGCUUUACGUGAAAUUUACAGCUCUAGUCACCUUAUUUUGAAACGUGGAAGUAAGCUAUUAGCCUUGAAUGCGCGCGACUUCCGGUCCAUUAGCCGCUAAGCGACUAGAAAAAUAAAGUGCAGUGAUGGUAAAAAUUAUUCGCGCUAUAAAUCAGUGUGUAUAUGAUUAUGAACAUAAAUUAAAAUAAUAUACUAACAAAUAGCAGUUUUCAGUAUAAAGCUGCACUUAUGUACAGUUAAAAUAACUGAAGCGAAUGAGACCGGAAGCCGCGCACAUAAAUGGCCGCGCUCGCGCUUACGUUAAAAAUAAGGCGGAAACGCAUUUAAGGUCUAUUUUUAACAGCGGUUAUUUAAGGAUAUUACUUUAUACUUGAAAGACUUGAGUUAUGGCUGAAAACAUCUUCCUCGUUGUACACUAUACCUCACUAAGACUAGUGCAGUAGUUUCCAAAUGUAGGUCAUCCAUCAUCCACUGGAUGGCAACACAAGCAUGUUUGUUGAACAAAUUGAAUCUCCCAAAGCCUGCUGAAGCCUGAAAAAAGGAAGAGGAGUAAAGCAGAAAUCAUGUCAAGAUAAACAGACCUAGAUAUUGCUGCUUGUACAGUUUGUAUGGAUUGAUCGAUGACAGAACAGUCAUGCAGGAUAGUUAUGCAUCUCUAUUAUUCAUAUAACAUUCCAGACAAUAGCAGUCGUUGUUGAAGUUUAGCCUUGUGUUUUAUUGCCCAGGAGGCAUGUGAGGUUAUUUAAAGCAUUUAUUAAAAGUAUUUUUGAGCAUAAAACUGUCACAGUCAAAAUAUUCCAAACAGGCCUAUGUGUUGUUCUUCUCAUGAAAAACAAAAACAAAAAAACAUAAGACAUCUGCUAUGAACUAUUGAAAAACUGUAAUAUUGUAUAAUAUCAUUACACUUUUUAAAUAUUUUAAGUCUUUAAUUUAAAAUUUAAUAGCUGUUUCCUAUGUGAUAUGUGAUAUAUGUAAUUUAUUCCUGUGAUGGAAAAAAGGAAUAUAAUUUUUUUGUUUUUGAAAGAAGUCUCUUCUGCUCACCAAGGCUGCAUUUAUUUGAUCAAAAAUAUAGUAAAAAUUGUGAAAUAUUAUUAACAUUUAAAAUAGCUGUUUUCUGUGUGAAUGUAUUGUAGAAUGUAAUUUAUUUCUGUGAUCAAAGCUGAAUUUUCAGCAUCAUUACUCCAGUCUUCAGUGUCACAUGAUCCUU